GUUAUUUCUUAUAGACUUACUAAUAGAGCUGUUAGUAGAACUAUUUCUUAUAGAUUUACUUAUAGAACUAUUAGUAGAGCUAUUAGUAGACUUAUUAGUAGACUUAUUUAUAAGUCCAUUAGUAGAGCUAUUUCUUAUAGACUUACUUAUAGAACUAUUAGCAGGACUAUUUCUUAUAGACUUACUUAUAGGACUGUUAGCAGGGCUGUUUCUUAUAGACUUACUUAUAGAGCUGUUAGUAGAGCUGUUAGUAGACUUAUUAAUAGAUUUACUUAUAGACUUCCUUACAAAGCUAUUUAUAUAACUGUUUAUAAGCUAUUUAUAGGGCUGUUUACAAGCUAUUUAUAG